AUGAUAGAAAUUGGUUUGCAGUUAUUUUCCAAAAUGAACCAAAACAAAUGGACAGCCAUGCUGCUGCCCAUUUUGGGCGGAUGGUUUGUCGGCCGUUCCACGGCAAAACAUGUAAAGAUGUACAGAAGAGCAAACCAGCCCAAGUUCAAGCCACCUGCAUGGGCCUUUGGUCCGGCAUGGACGAUCCUGUACGCGUUGAUGGGUUACGCUGCACACCUUGCAUACCGAGCCGACCCAGCCCUGGUCACUGCGAAGGGACAGCUCGGAGCAAAGUUAUACCUGGCUCAGCUCGCUGUGAAUUACAUGUGGAUGCCCUUGUUCUUCCGAUACAAGAUGAGCAAAUUAGCGCUCGUGAACAUUGGUGCAGUGACCGGAACCGUCAUCUGGCUCUCCAAGACAUGGUCGUCCAUUGCACCGAUGGCCUCAAAACUCUUGCUUCCCUACAUCGGCUGGUUGGGUUUUGCAGGAUACUUGGUAAGUUGUACAUUUCGUAAAGGCCAGCGGUAG